AAUUGUAAAAAUGUAACAAUUACAGAAGGAAUAUUUGGAGAAGUCUGGAUUGACGAUAAGGACCAAGAUUUUCCUGACCCCAUGCCAAAAACGAUCAAAUCAUAUACAUUGUUAAAUACCAAUAGAAUGGAAGUUGUCGUUAUUACCUGGGGUGCAACAAUUGUAUCGUUGAAGGCUCCUGAUAAAUACGGGCAUUCUGCUGACAUUGUUCUUGGAUUUGAAAACAUGAAAGGAUACUCGAAUCCCAUAACAAACCCAUUUCUUGGUUGCAUACUGGGCAGAUGUGCGAAUCGUAUUAAGGACGGGCACGUCACUAUUAGAGGCAAAGAUUACGACCUGACAAAGAACGACUUUAAUGGCAAACAUCAUUUACACGGAGGAACAAAUGGAUUUGGUCGUAAAAUUUGGGACUCGUAUAUCGCCGGAUGCUCUGUCGUAAUGAGCUACCUCAGUCCGGAUGGCGAAGAAGGCUAUCCAGGUGCAGUGUUAACUACAAUCAGAUUUAAAUUGAAUCCAGAUAAUAAGUUAGAUAUAUGCAUGAGGGCAACAACUUCGAAACCAACAAUCGUGAAUUUAUCGCAUGGUUCUAUGUUCAAUUUGGCUGGGCAUGAUGCCGGUGAAUCGGAACUGCGGAAACAUAAGGUAUUAUUGAAUUGCGAUCGUUGGACGUUCGCCGAUUAUACGGACCCAGUUCCAACGGGUGCUGUACGCGGCGUAGGUGGAACGGUGAUGGACUUCCGAAUACCCCGAGUCUUAGGAGAGUACAUGAAAAAGAUACCGCCCGGAGAAGGCUUCGAUCAUAAUUUAUGCGUUACAAGAAGCGGACAACCAGGUAGCACGUUCGUUGCUAAAUUAUGGCAUGUAAAAAGUGGACGUGCUUUAGAGGUCUACUCGGACCAACGUGGAGUGCAUCUCUAUACUGGAGGUCGGCUACCGCCUCAAGUUGUACCUGAAUUUUUAUCUACCUACGAUUUAUUGAAAGAUAUUGAAGAAGAUGAAGAACAGUUUGAAGAUCACAGAAGCGACGAGGAGGAUGAUGACGAAGAAGAAAUGAGAGUAGAAAGACGUUAUAAAAGAACGAGUAAAGUUCCAAAAAAGAUAGAAUUUAUUUCAGGAAAGCGUGGAGCUCGUUAUAAAAAAUAUUGCGCGUUUAGUAUUCAACCACAAAAUUAUCCUAGUGCAAUACAUUAUUCACAUUUUCCAUGUUCUAUAUUAUACCCUGGCCAGAUUUAUUAUCAUGAUCUGACCUACAAGUUCGAAGUGCACUUGUCAAAUUAUAUGUAACAUCUCCAGAACCGCACGCUUAGCGCCAGCUGCUAUAAACAGUUGCUCUGUAAAUUCGUUCAUCGGUGCCAUUGUUCCUCCAGCCAAUAUUACUGCCCUCGCAUCUCGGACUAAAUUACAAACAGAACUUGUAUACGGAACAAUUAUAACGGUAAUGAUACUUAACACUAGAACUACCAAACCAGUCAAAAUUACGGGUUUAUAAUGGAGAAAUGCAUGUAUAGGCUGCCUACGGAUUAAAUAAACAAAUUACACCAGAACGUUUUAUGAGCAAAAAUAAGAAAAUAUGUUAUAUAAACGUGGAUCUGCAAACGUUUUAUUAUCCAGGUUUAUUACAUUGGAAAGAAGUUUACGUUUCCAUUUCAAAAUUUAAAAUUCUUUGUAUGCGAAGGGGUAGACGCACACAGCUGUUCAGUUUCAAUUUGAGCCUGUCUUUCGCAACUGUGUAAAAGCUCUGCUGAACAUCAUGAAAUCUGGCACUCUUCUACCAGGGAAUCUUCGCUGAUAUUCUCUAAUGGCAGAUCAAAAAUUUCCAUCAUAGAAACCGUAAACAGAACUACAUUAGCUUUAUUAAUCUUCGUUUCUAAACACUCUUGACAGUUUGUAUGAAACUGUACUACGUUCUGACAUUUCGGAACUGAUAUUAGGUAUUUCUUCACUUUAUAUUUUUAUUAUAAAGCGUUUCCCAAUCUAGGUUUAUGAUACUUUUUUCUUGUUUUUACUUAUAGAAUAUACUGGAGCAGUUUGAUCGUUUAAUCCGCUGUAUAAAAAAAAAUCAGUAGUUCUAG